CUGAUCACAUGACUGUGACAUCAUCGCAGGUCCUGCAGCCCCAGGAGGUGAGAUCUGCAGGCUCUCUAGUUUUCUUUUAAAAGACAAUGGUCCUUUUCAUCAAUGACCCACCAAGGAUGGAGAAGGACACAGACCUCAUGGCUGCGAGGAUAUUAGACCUCACCCUGGAGAUCAUCUCCUUGAUAACUGGAGAGGAUUACAAGGUAGUAAAGAAGUCGUUUGGUGAGUGUGUGACACCCUGUGUAUCAGGAGGACGUAGCAGGACCCAGAGCCCCAUCACCGAGCCUCCACCUCAUUCCCUGAUACAUGAGCAGAAGAUCCUAGAACUUACCACCAGGAUCACUGAGCUGCUGAGCGGAGAGGUUACUAUAAGGUGUCAGGAUGUCGCUGUCUAUUUCUCCAUGGAGGAGUGGGAGUAUUUAGAAGAACACAAGGAUCUGUACAAGAACAUCAUGAUGGAGAAUCCCCAGUCCCUCACAUCACCGGAUGAAUCCAGUCAGAGAAAUCCACCAGAGAGAUGUCCCAGUCCUCCGUAUUCCCAGGACUGUCCAGAGGAGAAACCAAAUAUCCCACUGGAUCAUCAGGAAAUGUCUGGUGAAAUGACAAGUGGACUCGAAGAUCCCGGAUCAGAGUCUGUAAAAGGUGAUGAGACGAGAGACUCCCAUGAACAUCUCCUUUUAUAUGAAGAAGUAGAAGAUAACAAUGUCACACAAGCUAAUUUAAUAAAUGCUAAUGUACCCUUAGACCUUCACAGUGGAGAGCUAUCUACCGAUACCGUUGGUCACAAGUAUCUUUUGUCCAAUCAAUCACCGAGUCAAUCACAGAAUCAGUCUAAACAAUCUGUGCAUGAAAUAAUUGAUAAAGAUAAAAUACCACUUUCAGGUUCAGAAUGUGAAAAGUAUUUUAGUCAGAAAUCAAACCUUGUGAAACAUCGAAGAAUUCACACAGGGGAGAAGCCAUUUUCAUGUUCGGAAUGUGGGAAAUGUUUUGCAAAGAAAUCAGAUGUUGUGGAUCAUCUAAGAACUCACACAGGGGAGAAGCCGUUUUCAUGUUCGGAAUGUGGGAAAUGUUUUAGUCGAAAAUCGGUUCUUAAAAAACACCAGAGAAUUCACACGGGAGAGAAGCCAUUUUCAUGUCCUGAAUGUGGGAAAUGUUUUUGCCAUAAAUCAGGCAUUUUGGAACAUCAAAAAACUCACACAGGAGAGAAGCCAUUUUCAUGUUCAGAAUGUGGCAAACGUUUCGGCUAUAAACCGGAUUUUGUUGAACAUCAAAGAACUCACACAGGGGAGAAACCGUUUUCCUGUCCUGAAUGUGAGAAAUGUUUUAGUCAGAAAAGAAAUCUUGUGAAACAUCAAAGAAUCCACACAGGGGAGAAGCCAUUUUCAUGUUUAAAAUGUGGGAAAUGUUUUAGACUCAAGUCGAUUCUUCUUUACCAUCAGAGAACUCACACAGCGGAGUAGCCAUUUCAUAUCCUAAAUGUGGAAAAUGUUUUGGCCAGAAAUCAGGCCUUUUGGAACAUCAAAGAACUCACAUAGGAGAGAAUCUAUUUCCGUGUGCUACUGUAGGAGAUAUUUUAGACAGAAAUCAAAUGUUAGAAAACAUCUAAAAGUUUACACAGGAGAGAGGCUAUUUUAAUGUUCUGAAUUUGCUAAUUUUUUUACACACAGAACAGGUUUUGCUGAACCUCGAAGAACUCGCACAGGUGCAACGUAAGAACUGUUGCAGGUGUGUGUCUUUAUUUUAAGACCUGCUGCCUAAGGAUGCCUUCUGUUGUACAAAUAUACUCCUUGUGGUAUAGCAGAACUGUAUAGGCAGAUGUCCCCAGAAAACCAGAGGCACGCUAUUACAACACUGAUCGUUUAGAGAACGCCACUAUGUCCGCAUGAUCAGUACUGUGGCUGUAACACAUACAACGCUUUCAGGAAGCCUUCAGAUCAUUUAUUUUUAUUUUUAUUUCAUUAUGCUGUGGCCUUGUGCUAAAAUAAAAAAUAAAUCAAGUUGUUCCCCGUCAUUCUGCACUCCAUACCCCAUAAUUAAAAAAGUUAAAACAGAAUGUUAGAAUUCUUAGCUAACUUACUGAAAGGGAAAAGCUAAAAUUUUGCAUUGAUAGAUGUAUUCAGACCCUUUACUCAGGACGUAGUUGAAGCCCCUUUGGCAGCAAUUACAGCCUACAGUCUUCUUGGGGAUGAUGCCAAAAGGUUUGCACACCAGGAUUUGGGGAUUUUUUGCCGUUCUGCUCUGCAGAUUCUCUCAAGCUCUGUGAGAUUGGAUUGGGAUGUCGGUGGACAGCCAUUUUCAGGUCUCUCCAGAAAUGUUCCAUUAGGUUCAGGGUUCUGGCUGGGCCACUUAAAGACAUUUAGAAAGUUGUCCCUAAGCUGCUCCUGUAUUGUCUUGGAUGUGUGCUUAAAGUAAUUGUCUUGUUGGAAGGUGACCCAUCAAUCCCAGGCUAAGAUCCAGGUCCACGUUUUUUAUUAAGAAUAUCUCUGGACUUUGCUCCAUUCAGCUUUACCUCAACCUUGACCAGUCUACCUAUUCCAGCUGCUGAAAUACACCCUCCCAGUAUGAUGCCAUCACUAUUCUUUAAUGUAGGGAUGGUAUUGGGCAGAUGAUCAGCAGUGCCUGGUUUCCUCCAGACAUGACGCUUAGAAUUGAGGGCAAAAAGUUUCCAUCUUGGUUUCAUCAAGCCAGAGAAUCUUAUUUUUUACAGUCACAGACUCCUUUAGGUGUUUUUAUAUUUUUUUUUAUUUUUUUUUUAACUCCAGGCGGGUAUUCAUGUGUCUUUUACUGAGGAGAGGCUGCUUUGUGGCUACUCUACCAUAAAGCCCAGAUUGGUGCAGGCUGCAGUGAUGGUUGACAUUCUGGAUGUUUCUCCCAUCUGCCCACAGGAUUUUUUUUUUUUUAUAGCAGAUAUGGAUAAAUGUUUCAACUCACUACAUUCCUGGUUAUACAGGUGCAUCUCAAUAAAUUAGAAUAUCAUUCAAAAGUUAAUUUUUAAGUUAUUUUACUAAUUAAGUUCAAAAAGAUAUAUAUUCUAUGGCUUACAGCUAAUAAAAACCCAAAAGUUAGCAUCUCAGAAAAUUAGAAUAUUAUAUAAGACCAAAUACAAUAUUCAUAUUUUAAUACAGAAUUCUGUACUUGGUCGGGGCUCCUUUUGUAUAAAUUACUACAUCACUGCAGCAUGGCAUGGAGGCGAUCAGCCUGUGGCACAGCUGAGAUGUUAUGGAAGAGCAGGUUGCUUUGAUAGUGGCUUUCAGCUCAUCUGCAUUGUUGGGUCUGGUGUCUCUAAUCUUCCCCUUGACAAUACUCCAUAGAUUCUCUAUGAGGUUUAGGUCAGGUGAGUUUACUGGCCAAUCAAGCACAGUGAUACCAUGGCUACACUGACUUUGGACUUGAUAUAACAUAGCGGACCUACACCAGCAGAUGACAUGGCUGCCCAAACCAUCACUGACUGUGGAGACCUCUAGCAGCUUGGAUUGUGGCCUCUCCACUCUUCUUCCAGACUCUGGGACCUUGAUUUCCAAAUGAAAUGCAAAAUUUACUUGCAUCUGAAAACAGGACUUUGGACGAUUGAGCAGCAGUCCAGUCCUUUUUCUCCUUAGCUAAGGUAAGACGCUUCUGACGUCGUCUCUGGUUCAUGAGUGGUUUGACCCAAGAAAUGUGACAGUUGUAGCCCAUGUCCUAGACAUGUCUGUGUGUAUGUGAUGGCUCUUGAAGCACUGACUCUAGCCGCAGUCCACUCCUUGUGACUCUCCCCCAAAUUCUUGAAUGACCUUUUCUUGACAUUCCUUUCAAGGCUGUAGUUAUUGCUGUUGCUUGUGCACCUUUUGAUAUCCACACUUUUCCUUCCACUCAAUUUACCAUUAAUAUGCUUGGAUACAGCACUCUGUGAACAGCCAGCUUCUUUAGCAAUGGCCUUUUGUGGAUUGCCCUCCAUGUUUAGGGUGACAAUGACUUGAAGUCAGCAGUCUUUCCCAUGAGUGUGUUGCCUACUGAACCAGACUGAGGUACCAAUCUUGGGAAACCUUUUUUAGGUGUUUUGUAUUGAUUAGCUGAUUAGAGUGUGACUCCAUGAAUCUACAAUAUAUAACUUUUUCACAAUAUUCUAAUUUUCUGAAAUACUGACUUUUUUGUUUUCAUUAGUUGUAAGCCAUAAUCAUCAGCACUAAAAUAAACGCUCAAAAAAGAUCACUGUGUGUAAUAAAUCUAUAAUAUGAGUUUCACUUUUUCAAUUGAACUACUGAAAUAAAUUAGGGUUAUCCUAGUCCAUCCUUCAUACUUCACUCCAGUUCAUACACUUGUGCAUAUUAAAAUUGCCAUCCACAGCAACAAAAGUGGUGAAUAAAACAGACCAAUAGAGCAUCUGUUUUUAUGGAGAUGAGUGUUGGAAGUAUGUUGUGCACCAGGAGGAGCUCAGGCAGAGUAACCAUUGGAUUCUUGGUGACCUCUGUUACCAAUGCCCUCCUUCCCUAUUACUUAGUUUUGUGGGGCGACCAGCUCUAGGAAGAGUCCUGCUUGUUCCAAACUCUUUCCAUUUAAGAAUUAUUGAGGACAGUGUGUUCUCGGUUCUGAGGUUUCAGCGGAGCAGAAUCUUUUUUUGUACCCUUCUCCAGAUCUGUUUCCACACACAAUACUAUCCCUGAACUCUACAGGCAAAUCUUUCCUCCUCAUGUCUUGGUAUUUGUUCUGAUAUGCAUUGUCAGCUGUGAGACCUUAUAUAGACAGGACUGUGUCUUUCUAAAUAAUUUCCAAUCCACUGCAUUUACCACAGAUGACUCCAAUCAAGGUGUAGAAACAUCUCAAAGAUAAUCCAGAGAAAUGGGAUGCCCCCGAGCUAAAUGUCAGUCAUAGCAAAAGGGUCUGAAUACUUACUGUG